GAGCCGUUCCCACGUGAGAGGCUCCGCGGCCGAGUUCCUCGCGCGCGGCGGCUGCGGAGAGCCCAGCGUCCGGCCGGACGGAGAGUCCUGGUCCGGCGCGCGCCGGCGGCCGGGCGGGCGGCGGGGGCGGCGCUCGGCUGCGCCCCAAUGCGGCGGCGGCCCCCGGGACAGUGAGCCCGGCGCCCGCCGUCGGAGCCCCCCGCGCCGCCUGGGGCAGCGCCGCCCGGGCACGCGGCAUGCGGGCGGCCGACUCGGGCACCUGGGAGCGCGUCCGCCAGCUCUCGGCGCAGGGCGAGCUGGCGCCUUCCUGCGGCCCGGGGGCCGGGCCCGCGCGCCCCCCGGAGCCGGCAGCCUGCGAGCUGUGCGUGGACGCGGCGGGGCCCAGCGAUCGGCCCCGCGCCGGGGCGCCCUCCGUCCGGGCCGAUGGCGACUGCAGCCAGCCGGUGCUCCUGCGGGAGGAAGUGUCCCGGCUCCAAGAGGAAGUUCACCUUCUCCGGCAGAUGAAGGAGUUGUUGGCGAAGGACCUGGAGGAGUCACAGGGUGGCAAGUCCUCUGAGGUCCUCUCGGCCACCGAGCUCCGGGUCCAGCUGGCCCAGAAGGAGCAGGAACUAGCCAGAGCCAAAGAAGCCUUGCAGGCCAUGAAAGCCGACCGGAAGCGCUUAAAGGGCGAGAAGACGGACCUGGUGAGCCAGAUGCAGCAGCUGUACGCCACGCUGGAGAGCCGCGAGGAGCAGCUCCGAGACUUCAUCCGCAACUACGAGCAGCACCGCAAGGAGAGUGAGGACGCGGUCAAGGCCCUGGCCAAGGAGAAGGACCUGCUGGAGCGUGAGAAGUGGGAGCUGCGGCGCCAAGCCAAGGAGGCCACGGACCACGCCACGGCGCUGCGCUCCCAGCUGGACCUCAAGGACAACCGGAUGAAGGAGCUGGAGGCUGAGCUGGCCAUGGCCAAGCAGUCCUUAGCUACGCUGACCAAGGAUGUCCCCAAGCGGCAUUCCCUUGCCAUGCCGGGCGAGACGGUGCUCAACGGCAACCAGGAGUGGGUGGUGCAGGCAGACCUCCCGCUGACCGCAGCCAUCCGGCAGAGCCAGCAGACUCUCUACCACUCACACCCCCCGCACCCUGCAGACCGGCAAGCGGUCCGGGUGAGCCCCUGCCACUCCCGGCAGCCAUCUGUCAUCUCCGACGCAUCUGCUGCCGAAGGCGACCGGUCGUCCACACCAAGUGACAUCAACUCCCCUCGACACCGGACGCACUCCCUCUGCAACGGCGACAGUCCCGGCCCAGUUCAGAAGAACCUGCACAACCCUAUUGUACAGUCACUAGAGGAUCUUGAAGACCAAAAACGGAAAAAGAAGAAAGAGAAGAUGGGAUUCGGCUCCAUCUCCCGCGUCUUCGCCAGAGGGAAGCAGCGGAAGUCCCUCGACCCAGGCCUCUUUGAUGGUACCCGCCCCUGAUUAUUACAUAGAGGAGGACGCGGACUGGUGAUACGCGCCUCCCCGGCCCGUGCCCGGCGGGCGUGUGCGUGGAGCGUGCGUGGGGUGUGCGUGUGGCCGUGCGUGGGUGCGUGUGUUCGCGCACGCGUGGGUGCUGGGGGUGGCCGAGCGCCCCGACAGGCGAAACCACGCGUGUGACCCCUUCCCUCUGCGUCGCCACCUCUGUAAUUGAUGUACAUACUACGAACCGUGUGUGAACAUGUCAACUCUCUGUCGUCUUUGGAGCGAUACAGUUGUGUUGUUAAUCUGGUUUAUUAUUUUUCUUCAAUGUUUAUCUUUUUGUUUUUUUUUAAUUUCUUUUUGUUUGGUUCAUUGGUUUGUUUUGUUUCGUUUUUUCCCUUUCUCCUUCCCUCCUCCUUUUUUACGAAACUUGAAAACUUGAAGGACUGCUGUGUAUUUGUAAAUAACAAAACUAUUGUGCACUCUGUGCUUGUAAAUGUCCCUCGUCCAAACCGCUACUCCCGCAGCCCGUCUCGCCGAGGAUGUGGUCUGUUUCCGAUGUCCCCCUCUCCCCGCAGUGUGAACGUGUGGGACCAGACCCUGCUCUCGGGGUGCGCCCAAGUCACUUUAACCACACAAUGCCAUCGUCAUCAGGGUAAGGUCUGCUCUCCGCAAAGACUCGCAAGCCCGGCCGGGGGGCCUUAUCUUGGCUGGGUUUGGCAGAGGUCAAACGGGCUCUUUUUAAACGGCCUGCCAGUUUUUAAAUUGCGUUGCCGUUUCUUUCUUUAUGGAAAAAAAAAGAAAAAGAAAAUUGUUGAGUUUAAUUUAUUUGCACAAAUGCAGAAAACUUAUUCUAUCUAAAUUAUUACAUAAAUAUCGGAAUGUCUAUUUUUCCAUGGGGUGGGCGGGAGGCGGGUGUUUCUGUCGACUUGUCUGUUCUAGUACCAUGCUGCUGCCAAACUGCAAAUAGAGGUUAGGGUGGCCGGGACCCAGGGACUGCUGGAUUUCAAAGCUUGCUUUUUCCGUCCUCUCCCUCCACCCCCUUCUUUUUUGUUCUCUCUCUUCCCCAUUUUCCUGCCCCUGCAUGAAAGUGCCCCUCACUUUCUUCCCACCCAGAGCUCUCUCCAGGCCUUUCUAUGUAUAUUUAUUUAUCUGCCACACAGGACAUGACCUCAGUGAGCAGAGUGCUGACUGUCACAGUCCCCAUCUUUGGGUCUGUCUUUUGAGGGAGGCUGAGUCCAGGGGAGACAGCCCCCACCACACACCCACAGGGUACGACCCAGGAGGAGACCCUGGGCCCGACUCAGCCCCACUUAGAAUCUCUCGGGGUCCCUCAGGCUCUGUCCUCCAGCUUGUCACAGCAGCCUGCGCCCACCCACCCCAGGCGAGGAGGGCUGGCAGGAACAUCUGCCUGUUCAGGGAGCGGAUUGGCCCCGAGGAGGCUGCACCAGCAGAGGGACCGUGGGCUUUGUAGCCCUGGGGGUGGAGGAGAUGUGAGCUGCUCAGCCAGGUCCGCUCAAGGCCUAACACUCCAUUUCCCCUUCCUGUCGGCCUGUGAAUCCCCUUCUGCGCAUCCUUACAGCUAACAGCCCAGUCCACACCUCUAGACAACAGUAGUCGCGCUUUCUGCUAACAGUAACAUUUUCAGCUCUUAAAAAGAAGCAAGGAGAAUUUCAAAUGUUGGACCAUCUCUGUAUCAGAAUGGAUAGGUUAUUUCCCCCCAAAGUAUCUAAAACAAAUAGAAAAGCCCCAGUCGGCCGCUCCCUUUCCUCCUGACCUGGCCCCAGGGGCAGGAAGGAGCAAGCAGGGUACCCAUGAGGACCUUUCUGUCCUCCCUGGGCCAGGUUGUGUCACCGAGCCCAGGGUCGAGGGAGAGCAGCCGGGGCUGGCAUCUUUCUCUACGGAGAGAGAUUUCAGAAAAUACUUUUCUCCCCCAUGCAUUUCUUUUUCGGUUGAUUUUUAUUGUUUUUCCCUUUACUUACAAAAAAAUAAGAUUGCAACCACUCCUGGUAAUGAUUUAGUAGUUCCUUUUCAUUUCAGUUUUUGUAAAUUAGGAGAUAAUUCUAAGAGUUACUAAGGAUGAUUUAUUUAAGAGAACUACGUCAAAUAGCGAAUGAGUUAUGGGUAACAUUAGAUGAAAAUAACCUUUCCCGUGGGAAAGGUUUCUUGAAGGCAUGGAUGCAAAUAUAAAAUAUUAAAAAAAAUCUAAAUAAAGCUUAUUUUAAAAUAU